AUGGAGGAUCCUACCGCGUUUGAUGCUACAGCCCCUCCCGUCCGAGACUCCUCGCCCUCGCCCUCCGUCUCUCCAACGCCCGCAAUCUCGUCCUGCCCAUCACCUGUCCGUACGUUCUCUACAGUCUCUUCGUUAUCGGCCUCGUCUGCCACCUCCGCAGAUGCCAGGUCUUCAGUGUCAGUCUCCACACGGAGACGGGGGUAUAUCCGGCCUCAGGGGGCGGAAUUCGCCGCCUCCGCAAAAAACCGGGAGAGCGUCAUGAGCCUGGGGAGCAUCGCCCAUUUGCAAUACUAUUUCGCUCGGACAGGCCUGCUAGACGGCAAAGGCGGCAAUGCGCGAGAAUACAAGAAGAAGAGGCAAAAUCCGGAUGACGCCCCGCGAUUACUCUUGACGCCGAAUGCCCGUUUCACAGAUGAUCUUUCGAUGAGCCCGACGGAGGAGGUGAAUACCGAUUCUGGGGAGGAUGCAUUUGAUAUUGUUGAAGACGGUGAUGAAGUGAUGCUGCCCCCUACUGUCAGCACCUAUAGCAUCAAGACACAUCAUAUUCCGCCGCCUCCAGAUCUGCUGCAGUUGCGGAGAGAUCUCCUGAAUGCAAUAUAUAAAGCACAGAAAGAAAUCGACACGGUAUCCAAGGACCAGCCGUCACCGGACACUCUCCCACCACAAAUUAAUAUUUCGCCAGACGGCGAUGCAGAAUCAGACGGUAACUCGCAACGACAGGCGGAUUUGGCUGCAGCUCGGCAGAGUUGGGAUGAGAUCAACGGUAUGCGCAUUUUGGAUGUCGUCACGCUUGCAAUUCGCGCAGCAAAGAUAUACUAUACGACUCACGAGUAUCCGGAACGAUUGGCAUCCAUAAGAAGCGAACGCGAGAUCAGACAGGAUCUGUUCAAUGUCCUGGAGGUAUUAAAGCGCUGGGCGGGGCGCAACUUCGAAGGCGGCUUCCGGGAAGAGGAGAAGAAGGCGGUUUUAGGGUGGAUGUCCGAUGUGCGCGAUAUGCUGUCGCAAGAGGCACAGCUUGAAGACGCGGAAGUGAAGGAGCGAGCAUCGUGGACCUGGAUUGAAGGCGACUGGACCGGUCGGGAACGGCAACGGGAAGAGGCAUUCCUGGCCAGCCUGACAGGUCCGGAUUCACCACUGCCAGCGUGGGCGGAGCCCGAAAAUAGCUCACUCCCAUCUAUGAUGCUAGAGCACUUCCGCGACGGCCGCGAUCUAAUUCGGAUCCACAACAUAGCGGUCCGAAAAUCAAAGCGACCUUUCGGCGAGAUCAAAACCUUCCAUGAAGACGUUGCCAAGCCAUAUCGACAAGCCGAUAACCUCCGAUAUUGGAUAAAGGCGGCUGAACUCCGGUGGGAGACGAAGCUCGAAGUGGACGUGAUGGGCGUCGUCUACGGCAGCAGUGACGAAGCGUGGCACCAAUUCGACAGGGCCAUUGCGGCUUGGUGUAAGUCUGUCCGGGAAGAGCUCUCGCAAGACCUGCGGGUCUUGAGGAGACGGGCGACUGCAGCUAGUGUUGACGGGCUGCUCGUGAAGACCUCUUGA